AUGUCACGGCCAGUUUCUGUGGAGGAUUUGAUCAAGCAAAGCGAGGAGGCAGGAAAACCUCGUUUUCUCCUGAAAAAGCAGCGUCUACAAUUGAAGAAAAAGUCAGCUCCAGCGGUUUCCGUCCAGAAAAAAAGACCUAUACAAAGCCAGCCUGAACCAGAAGCAGAACCGGAGGAGAAGAAAGCAAAGAAAGCGCCAAAGUACAACUUCGACUGGGACGACGAAGAUGACACGUCUGCCAAUUACCUGCCGUUGGUGACUGUCGAGCCCACUAGACCCUUGACUGAGGCUAUACCUGAGAAACACUGGUCCCAGAAGGCUCUAGUAGAUAUGACAGCACGAGACUGGCGUAUUUUCAGAGACGACUACAACAUAUCAAGCAAGGGAAAAGACAUUGAUCUUCCUCUACGAUUCUGGAACGAGGACUCGAGAAUUCCCGAAAGUGUGUUGGAUAUACUAGUCAACCACCUUAAGUAUAAGGAACCCACGCCUAUUCAACGAGCUGCAUUGCCAUUUGUGCUAGGACACAGGGAUGUGGUGGGUGUGGCCGAAACAGGUUCUGGUAAAACGCUAGCGUUUGUGAUCCCGCUUCUACUGUACAUCUUGAACAUCGAGUCUGAGUACAUGAAACACGAACACACCCAGGAAGCCAAUAGCAACAAGACGCUAGGGCUCAUAUUGGCACCUACUCGAGAGCUUGCCCUUCAGAUUGCCAAGGAGACACAGAAAUUUGCCGAUCGCUUGAAUCUCUCUGUUAUCACGAUCAUUGGUGGACACAAGUACGAGGAGACCAUUCAUUCGCUCAGAAACGGGGUUCACAUUGUGGUGGCUACGCCCGGUAGACUUGUUGAUUCGCUCGAGCGUGGAAUCAUUAGCCUCGACAAAUGCUACCAUGUGACCAUGGAUGAAGCAGACAAGAUGAUCGAUAUGGGCUUUGAAAAGUCACUUAACCAAAUCCUCAAGUACUUGCCAACAAACGAACAUCUACAACAGAGUAUUGAUCUGAGGAUUUUGCGAGUUCAAAAAAGAACUACUGUUAUGUUCACUGCAACGAUCACGCCGACUAUUGAGAAAAUGACGAAGAAUUACUUGGUCGAUCCGGGAUUCCUCUUUAUUGGCAACGCCAACGAGCUAGUGGACACCAUCGACCAGCAAUUCGAAUACGUGGGUCCAGCACUUUCAGACAAACAGGAGGUCGAUGCGACCAGACUACAAAAGCUUGUCCAAGUGUUGGAAAAGCACAAGAAGGGCCCAAACUUUUCUGUCAUUAUUUUCGCUAACUAUAAACGAGUGGUUGAGCUGUUGGCCGAGGAUUUGGCAGACAAAAACCUCAAAAACGUGGUCACCAUCCACGGUUCGAAAUCCCAGGAGGCCAGAGAAACCGCUAUAGAGAAGUUCCGUUCCAAGGCUGCCUCCAUCCUCAUAGCCACAGAUGUUGCAGCCAGAGGUAUCGAUAUUCCACACGUUUCGCUCGUGGUCAAUUUCCAGAUGAGCAACAAAUUCGAAGAGUACAUUCACAGAAUUGGUCGUACUGGCCGUGCAGGCGAGCAUGGUGCCAGUUACACCUUCAUUGACGACGGCGAUAAGGAUACUUUUAUAGAGCUCAAGAACGCGUGCCAGACUGGUUGA